AUUACAAAAUUUAUAAAAUGGAUAAUAAAAACAAUAUUUGAUUGUAAUAUAUAGGAGAGAAGUUUUUGGAAGCACAUCCUAAUCAUAAUAUAACAAAAUAGAAUUCAAUUUAAACAAAGAAUUCCCAUAUUUAUUCUGUGUAUACGAAUUAUACGAAUUACUUUGAUUCAUUCAUCAAAACUAUAAUCGUUUCGCUACUACCAAACUAUGCCUAACAUGAUUAAGUCAAAUCAUGUGAAUGAUUUUAUGAAUGAUCGUGAUUUAAAUCAUAUUAAUUACAAUGGAAUUCAUCAAACAAAUGGAUAUACAAAUAAAUCAAAUAAUUCUACUGGACGUUAUACAAUUUUAUCCAAAUCGACAACAAUAAGAAAUGGAACAAAUAAAGGUUCUUAUCAUCCUGCUAGUCAUUAUUUUCAAUUGGAUACAACAAAACGUUCUCAUUCACAACAAAGUAUAGGAUCAAAUAUUUCUAAUGGAUCUAUAAAUAGUUACAAUGAUACAAAUAAUUCAUCAAAGAAUUCUACUAAUGGUAUUCAUCAAUUAUUAUCUCCAUCUGGUGAUAAAUUAAAUGGUAUACAUACAAAUUUAAUUAAAUAUCCUGAUAUACAACAUACAAAAUCUCAUUCAAUUUCAUCUACAUUAUUAUUACGUGAUGGAAAUUUAUUAAAACCAACAAGUGUAUAUCGUGAACAAAGUCGUUCAGUUGGUGGAAGUUUAUCUUGUGGUCAACCAAGUCCAACAUCAACUGUUGAAGAUAAUAAUACAACUGUAUUUUCACCAACGAAUACAAAUACACUUGAUAAUCAAAAUAAUAAUCGUACUAUAUGGUUAUAUCAAUCUGAAUUAAAUUUACCAACAAAUAGUGAAGAUACUAGUCUUGAUUCUAUAAUAACACCAUAUAAACGUUCUGAAAGUCAACAAAUAACUAUUAUACCAGAAUUUGAUUAUAGAAAUCGUAAUCAUACAACUAAUAAUAUUUCAUAUAAUCCAUACGUUAAUAAAUAUAAUUCAGUGAGUUCUGCCAUGUUGUACACUGGUAAUAAUACAAAUCAACGUAACAUUACAAAUGAAGACUAUAUGAAUAAUUAUGUAUCAGGUCCAAGCUUUCGUAAAAUUCAAACUCUUCAUAAUGGAAAUGCAACACAGAAACGUUUUCCAUCAGAUACUACACUUAAUUCAACAACAAGAGAAGGAGCUCAAAUAUAUACAUCAGGCAGUCGCCCUGGCCCAGUGACAAUCCCUGCUCGAAGCAGAAGUGCACAGCCUAGUCCAGGUCCAAGUCCAACCAUCAGUCCUGUAACAUGUUUUCGAGCUUCUGAAAAUAAUUUGAUACCAGGUUCUGGAGGAGAGAAAAAUUCAUAUACAGCAACAUCACAAAAAAUUAAUUUAAAUGUUACAAAUGUACAACGACGUGGUUCUUCACCUUCUAGAGUUGAACAUAACAAUGUAAAUUCAUUUUCUUCUGAUGCACCAGAGGAAGACAAUGAAGCUCACAUUUUACCGUCAGUUAGAGAAAUUAUACGUCAAGUUGAAGCUAUGACACAAUCAAAUGCUGCCACAUCAACUACAGAUAUAUUUACUCUUGGUCUUAAUAAUGGAACAACAGGGAAUCAUUCCAUUCAAAAAGAAAAUAAUCAACAAUCACAAUUAUCAAAACAACGUAAAGUAAAUUCAACUAAUGAUAAUCAAUUUGCACGAACUGGUAUACUUAGACAAUGUGGUAGUAGUCAACGAACACCAAGUGCACCACAGCUUAGAACAGCUAAUUAUGGUAAUUCACAAAAGUAUACACCUAUUCAAGCAAAAUUCAAUGCAGCUGUCGCUUCAAAUUCACAAAAUACUACAGCACCUCCUGUUCCACCUCAUGGAAUUGCACGUAAUAAACCAAUUAUUGGAUCAUUUACCAGAAGAAUUGAACCAUUAACUAAUGAUUCAAAUAAACAAACAGAUUUUACAAAUGUAACUAGUGCACCGAAAAAGUCUGAACUAUUAAGCCAUCUACCUACGGAUUAUCAAAAGUUACGUGAAGCAUUUAUUGAACAAAGAAGAGAAAUUCAACGUCUUCGUAAACAAAUAGCAGAAAAAGAUUUACAAAUUGCCCAAUUAGAAGGUGAUAUACGAUUAUAUGAACCAUGGCGUUAAAUGACAAGUUAAAAAAAUAAGGUUUUAAUUAUUGGCAAAAUGAAAAAAAAUGAAAAAGGAAAAAGAAAAAGAAAAACGAAAACAAACAAACCACCAUUUUCUUUUACAUUACGAUUCUUCUUGUUGGUAUUAAUCAAAAUGUGCCUCCUUUUUUUUCCGAAAUUCUUUUUUGUUUAUGGAUUAUUAUGCAUUGAAAACCAAU